GAAAUUCUCGAGAGCUGGUGGAUGGUUCGUCAGAAGGAAGUAGACGCGUUGACGCGUCCCAGCACGUGGCAACAUCAGUGAGGACACCAACAUCAACAAGUUCAUCGUCCUUUGCUGUUACCGAAUUCCCGACGUAAGGACGACACGACGGGAUGAAGUCAAAUCACAGUUUGACAUUCGUUGGUCGGACAAAUGAAGCCUGAAUGGGUCUUGAAGCAAAAGCGACGGUGUACUUCGUUACGCAAAUAAAAUUUGAACUCGUUGAAAAGUAAUAUGUAUAUAUACCCGGUUGUCAUGAAGCCCAGCUGGAAGGUAGAAAUGCUGUUCCUGAACCUUCAAUUACGCCGUCGCUUAAUGAGUGAACUCGCGCGUCUCAGAGGUCCAUCGUCUUGACCUUUUCCCAAGCUUAUUGUUUUCGUCCGGUUUGAAGCCUGAAGAAGAGCCGAGCAUUGAAACGUAGCAGGCAAUGGACAUGAUUGAGACCGGGUUCAUUCGCUUCUUUCGACGUUGGACGACAAAUUUCACCCGGGAAAAGGUGAAUUGCAAUCUACGUACUGACCCUGAAGCUGUUGCGAGUCGCAAUAUAAAUCAUGGGCGCUCGCUGUGAACUCGUUGGAUGAUGACAGGGGUCUUGGACUCCUGGGAAAGCGUUUGCAGUUGGCCGCUCAUACAUAUAUACAAUGUGGUUGGCGGACUUACCACGCAGUUCGUCAUACUUUACCCAAUCGCUUCUACUCUGCUCACGGCUUUCUUCUACGGCCUCUACGUACCGAUCUUUGGGAUCAGCAUCUAUCUUCUUGGUCAAGGAGACUUUACUGCCAGAAAACUGUACAUGACCUGUACAAUUCUGUUGUUCCUGAUAUCAACAUGCACUGUCGUCGUCGAAGUAGUUGGGCUGAUAGACGGCGCAAUGCGACAAUUCACCGCUGUGCAAACCCGGGACUAUAUGCCUUACAUACGAUAUCUGAUCCACAAUGAUGGAAAGACCGCGACGAUCUCGAUUUUAUAUUUCAUACCUUUCUUGGCAAAUAUCGUGUCCGAAACCAUGCUGAUACAUCGAUGUUACAUUAUUUGGGGACACAGUAAACGAGUGGGCAUUCCUUUAAUCAUUUUCUCACUUCUGGGAAGUGUCCUUGGAUUGUUCGGUGGUAUACUGGCGGCACUUGCGCUCAGUGAAAACUCUGUCGAUAAGGCGAGCCUUUCAGAAGGGAUCCUCUUGAUCGGAGCCAUUGUAAGCACAUUCUUGAACAUGAUUGUGACUGCUUUGACCGCCGGUCGUAUCUGGUGGGUGGAUCGAGAAUCUAAAACUUUCCGCGGGAGCCUACCGGAUAAAAAGCUUCAGUAUGCAGCUCGAAUAGUUACCGAAUCGGGGCUGAUAUAUCCUCUCAUGAUGACCCUCAACCUGAUCGUCGUAAAUUCAACUGGUGAAGACUCUCCUCCCCCACUGGACAUAUACCCGAGUGUAGUUUGCGCGGCGGGUAUUGCACCGUCGCUCAUAAUCAUCCGAGGUCAAGUUGCCAAAAUACUUGACAAACUUCGUCCACGUCAUAUGGAGGUCAACCUUGGGAUCUCGGAGAUACGAUAUACUGGUGGGAACGAGUAUCAAAUGGAACCUUUACACUGGCCACCAAGAAAUUCCUUGAACGAGCUGGACAGAGAAGCCGAGAAGGUUUCACCAACAGUCCCACUACUCCACAGCCCAGAUUGACAAACUGGCAGAAGAAGCUCUAGACCUAGACAUUGAAUCGGGA